AUGAAGUUCGUUGUCCACUUCAAGUUCAAGAACCCCAACGCUGAGUUCAAGUCGUACAGGGGCUCAAAAGUUUACACCUUGACUUUCUUGAAUGAGAAUCUGAACAAAAGUUGGACAAAGAGUACAAAAGACUCGGUUAAGUUUGACCGUUAG